CAUCUACCAUCACUGUUGGACAAAUUCAACAAUCAUCAGGUCAUAUGACCGCCAGCACCGACGCGGCGGCUGGGCCGAGUCUCCGCCGUCUCUCCUCGACGGCUACCGGACCCUUGUGCUCGUCGUUGCGCUCGACGUCGAGGACUGGCGGUUUUUUCAACACUUCCCCACCCUUCACAUCGGAUCGAUGAGCGGCGUCCUAUUAGCCUUCCAAUCUCCAAGCGGUCCCGGGUUAGAUCAUCGAUGGCGAUGACGAGAAGUCGGCCUCGUACGGUGACUCAGACCAAAGAGAACGCAACAUAAAACCAAGCGUCUUGGAUCUUAACCACCAUCAUCAUCCUUUACCAACUUUCAGCCAACCUACAGAAUGCAGAAGCCAUGCACAGUAGAUAGAGAUUACAUUCCAAUCUCUAAUCAUGGAUUAAUCGGAAAUCUACACACUGCUGCUAUGGUCAGCAUCGAUGGCUCCAUUGAAAGCUACUGUGUCCCCAACUUCGACUCUCCCUCGAUUUUCGCCCGUAUCCUCGACAAAGACAAGGGUGGACAUUUCUCUAUCACACCAACUGAACCGUACUCGACGAAGCAGAACUAUCUCCCCAGCUCGAAUGUCUUGCAAACGAAAUUCAUGAACGAAACAGGCGUCGUUAAUGUCAUCGAUUUCUUACCGCGGAGACCAAAUGAUAACUACAAAUCGAAAACGAAGCCUCUCCUCCAUUGGUUAGUUCGUCGGGUUGAGGUAAUACGUGGAUCGUUGCCUUUGAUCAUGCAAUGCGCUCCUGCCUUCAAUUAUGCCCGUUCCAGCCAUCAAACAACCAUCGUCAACGAUCCAUCCGCAGUGAACAAGGAGCGGAAGAUGGCCCAUUUCCAAUCUGAAGAACUUGCUUUGGAUCUUAGAUGUGUCGGCGAUUCGGUUUUGGACACCGUAUCUGAACCCGAAAUCACCCUCGAGUUGCUCGAUUUAUCGAAGAAAGGCCAUCUAGGACCUGCUGUUCAAGCACAUCUCAAUCUGACCGAAGGUCAAGUCGUUACAUUCGUCUUACGAACGCCUCCAAAAACCACUGCUAUCCCACAACCUACUGGUGCCGUCAAUACCGCACGUUCUCCAGACGACCCCUUUUUGACCAAGGAACUUGUCUAUGACCUGUUCACCUCAACCAACAGAUAUUGGCUCGAAUGGAUCCACAAGUCCAGUUAUCAAGGAUCUUGGAAAGAGGCGGUAAACCGAAGUGCUCUCGCGCUCAAAAUGUUGAUCUUUGAACCUACCGGAGCUGUGGUAGCCAGUCCUACUUUUAGUCUUCCGGAGUACAUCGGUGGAACGAGGAACUGGGAUUAUCGAGCAACCUGGAUCCGUGACUCGUCAUUCACACUCUACGCCCUCAUCCGGCUCGGGUAUACAUUCGAGGCUGACGGGUUCAUGGAAUUCAUCUUCAACCGUCUGAGAGACAAAAAUCCGGAUGGUAGCCUCCAGAUAAUGUACACCAUCCACGGCGGGAAGGAUCUGGAGGAAAUCGAGCUGGAUCAUCUAGAUGGGCAUAAGGGGUCGAAACCUGUUCGGAUUGGAAAUGGUGCUGCUGACCAUGUGCAGUUGGAUAUCUAUGGUGAACUGAUGGAUUGUAUUUACCUCGGACAAAAGUUCGGUAAACCCUUGGCUUAUGACGAUUGGAUCUUGGUCCGAGAGCUAGUAGACUAUGUUGUCGCCAAUAAGGACGAACCUGAUUUAUCUAUAUGGGAAGUACGAAAUAAGAAACGGCACUUUACGUAUUCCAAGGUUAUGCUUUGGGUUGCGAUAGACCGAGGUCUCCGUCUGGCCGACAAACGAUCCUUCCCGUGCCCGAACAGGCAAAAAUGGUAUGAAGUUCGGGAUUCGUUGUACGAAGAGAUCAUGCAAAAGGCGUGGAACAAAGAAGGCAAAUAUUUCGGACAGAGUUACGAUGAGAACGAACAUUUGGAUGCUGCUGUGCUUGUGAUGCCGCUUGUGUUCUUUUUACAAGGUCCCGAUCCACGAUUCACGAGUACUUUGAAAGCCAUUUUAAGGUCGCCUGAGCGUGGAGGGUUGACAACGAAUAAUUUGGUCUACCGAUAUGAUACUAGCAAGUCAGACGACGGUGUCGGAGGCGAAGAAGGGACUUUCUGUCUUUGCACCCUGUGGUGUGUUGAGGCUCUCACACGAGCCGGAAGCCACGAUAGGGCGUUGUUGACGAGGGCUGUGUCCAUGUUCGAGGACUUCUUGCUCUACUUGAACCAUGUGGGACUUUGUACCGAGGAGGUAUCCAAGUCUGGAGAAGGGCUCGGGAACGCAGUUCAAGGAUUCACGCACGUCACUCUUAUCUCGGCGGCUUAUAAUUUGUCGAGGACCUUGAGGAACUUUAAGACGGCUUGAUACAUUGAUGGAUGAGGUUUGACCGUUGAACUUGAAGAAAAAUUGGGGAUAUCCGAACUCGUACAGUGUCAUUAAAAUACACGUAAUUGCUUUCGUGAAUCGAACAUCCAUAAAACUGUU